AUGACGAAGUAUUUUGAUGAAGUACUUAAAUUCAUCUAUUCUCUUCGACCAGAACUUUAUAUAAUACCUGUAUCAAAGCAGCUCAUGCGCAUUGCACAGCAAAAUACGCAGCUAUUCAAACAGAAUAAAUCAACUCGAAUAAAAUGUCACAAGACGAAGCAAACAUAUAAGAAUUGUUUUGUAAAGGUAAAUUAUCAAACAAAUUUCGAAUUUACUUCACUCCAAAAUCAAUUAAUCGAAUUAUUUGAACAGAAGAACAUAAAUAUUCAUGAUCAAUAUAUUGCAGAGCUUGGUUUCUAUUUUGACGACUAUACACAGCAAAAUACGGGCAAUACUGAAAAAUAUAUUGUUGGGUAUUUUUAUUUUGCUUUUGCAAAAGAUAUUUCCAAUUCCCUUAUAUCAAGGGAUGAUUACAAACGCUUAAUAAACUGGGAUAGGCCACUUGAAGAAAAUAAUUAUCUCGUUAAUGAUAGGCAAACUAACAAAUCAGCCAUAUUCGACGACGAUGAUGACUUUUCUGAUCUACAAAGUAUUAAAAAGAACAUCGCUACUUCUCAGCCUUUAGUUAUUCCAACUCCAAUUAAACUGUUACCCAAAGAUGAGAGCGAUUCAGAUGACUUUUCUGACUUACCUAUGGCUAAUCAGUCAAAUAAUAAACCGAUUCCGCUACAAAUACAACCUGUACAAAAAUUACCUUUACCAACACAAAAAGAACCACAGCUUCAACUAUCUGUGAAAACAGACAGCUCAAAUAAAACAGAUUUAACUCUUAGACCAUCAACAAUAAUAAAGUCUCCUAAAAAUAAUAUUAAAAUGCCAGAUAAAGUGGACUUCGACUUCAUAAAUGAUCCAGACUAUGUUCCUCAGCAAACAAAACAACGUUCAUUCCCAAGUCCUCCAAUGAGAAAGAAUAGCAUGAGAAUUUCAACAAAAUCCAAGUAUCAUACGCUGGAAUUGAAUUCAGCGCUACUUGCAAAAUCGGGUCUAUCUAAAUCUCAAACCAAAUUGUUAAUAUUACGUGAAGAUGAUGCCGAUGAUUCAAAUUAUAAUUAA